AUGGAGAAGCAAGGCGUCCCCAUGAACCAAUUCCCCCAAUCCCCAGACACAACCGGCCAACCCCCCGUCUACCACCAAGACCCCAACCACCCGCAAGCUGGCGCCCAACAACCUCAAUUCCCGCAACCCCAAAUGUACGCGCAGCCCCAGCACCCGCAGCAAGCCUACUCGGGCUCCCCCGCGCCAGGCCAGCAGCAACAGCCAGGCUACCCGCACCCCGAUGCCGCUCGCGCGGGCGCAGCGGGAGCGCCUCACCCGGGUAUGCCGCCCCAGCAGCAGAGCGGCGUCCAGUACCAGAACGCUACCCCCAUUGCCAAUCUGAACAGAGGUCCUGCGCCUGCGGAUUGUCCUGCCUGCGGGCAGAGGAGCAUGACUAACAUUGCGUAUGAGACGGGGAAUACCACGCACGCCUGGGCAUUUGGUCUCUGCUGCCUCGUCUGCUUGGGAUGCGUCCCCUACGUCAUGAACUCGACAAAGGAUGUCCAGCACAAAUGCGGCAAAUGCGGUGUUUUGCUGGCCACCUGGCACAGGAGCGGAACCACAGAGGUGCACAUCCACACUUAGGAACUGUACUCCUUUGUUUGAACACGACUUUUUUCUUCAUCUAUUGAAAUGGUCGUGGGAGAUCCUCUUUAUCCAAACGGGGAUUCUACCCAAGAAAAAAAGAGUAAAGGGAAUUAGGAAUAUGGACAGGAUGUUUCCCUACGCCAGCGUCGAUUACACACUGUUCGUUUUCAGAGAGCUGGCUGUUUGGUUCCGGCGUUUUUGCUUCCAUCGCCAUCCAUGUCAUCGUCUUCGUACAUGUACACAUUGCGCGUCGUAUUGUCAUUAUUUCUUUUCU